GCAAAAUAAAAGCCCCCCUCUUCCCAAAUUUCAAAUUCCUUCAUUUUGUUCUGGAAGGGCACAAAUUGUCUGCAAAAAUCACUAGCUGCCCCUCCGAAAAACCCUAGAAUCCACCCCUUUCAUUCUUCUGAUUCGAGUUCCCCGCCACCUUGUCCAGCUCGAUGCCGACUCUUCAAAUCGAGAGCGACGAGAAGGAUAAACCACUCUCCGAUGGUAGUAGCGACGACGAUGACGGAGACGAUGACUUUGCGGACGACAUGGCAAGCCUCAGGCAAGCUUGCCUGAUUGCUGGCAAAGAUGUGAACCGCUUAGACGACGACAAUCCAAUCAUUUGCUGCGGUAGCAAUCCUUCCAGCCCCGGGAGUGAAGAUGACCUGGAAUUGCUGCGCGGCGUUCGAGAGCGGUUUCUGUUGCCAGAUGAAAUGUAUAAGCCUCUCUGUGCACUCCCUCCGGAGAGUGACGAAGACGGAGAAGAUGAUCUCGAAACCUUAACAUCUAUCCAGAGACGUUUUGCCGCAUAUAUCGAUAGCGAUGCAAAAGGAGAAGUGAGUUGGAGUAAGAAAUCUGAACUGGAUCCGUUGUCGUCGAUUGGCACCUCAGAGGCCAAAGUUUCUGACAUUUCAUUGGUGGGUAAAACUAAUGCUAUUCAAGUGGUUGAGGAUUUUGAAGACAAUGCUAACACCGCCAAUUUGUUGAGUGAUAGCGUGGAGAUGCAACCAGCUGGCUCUGUUGUGGUCCACCAAUCCGCUGCUUGUCAAUCAUCAACAGUGGCCACUAAAUAUUUCAGAUCCCCAGAGACUUUUCAGGUGAUUUUUGGGGCCAUUAAGAAGAACAGGGCGCUUCAGAACUUAAUUCAGGCCAAGUUGUGUCAGAUUGAAGCAAGACUGGAGGAGAACGAUGAAUUGAGUAAGCGUGUGAAAAUGCUCAAGAGUCUUGAGGUUUCGUGUAGAAAAAAUACAGGACGUAAUCUAGCUCAGGGCAAGAAUCCUCUAAUCCAGUUGAUAUCAACAAAACCUACUACCAAUUCCAAAGAUUCAAAGGCUAAGGAUACGAAGGCAUCUGCCAUAUGCAGUGGCCCAGUGGAGAAUUCUCAGGUUCCUUAUUACAGAGCAGCUUUGGAGAUGUUCCCUUUUUCAUUUGAGCAAAGGAAGUGGGACGAACGUGAAGACAAAAAACUGAAGGAGGGAUUGGAACAACAAUAUCAAGAAAUGUUGUCGCAGGCAGCAAUGGAGCAAGUCAGUAGUUCAGGAUCUGGCGGUCAGACAAAUGACUUGGACAGCAUCCUUAAGUCCAUCAAAGAUCUGGAGAUUACACCGCAAAUGAUGAAGCAGUUUCUGCCUAAGGUUGACUGGGAUAAGUUGGCCUUUAUGAACGUGGAAAGUCGCUCUGGUGCUGAAUGUCAAGCACGAUGGUUGAAUUCAUCAUGCCCGCUUAUCAAUAAGAGUGGAUGGAGCAAACAAGAGCAGAAACUUCUAUAUUCUCUUACCAGUAGCAAGGGGAUACAAAAUUGGUCUGAGAUCGCGUCAUUACUGGGGACGAACAGAACUCCAUUUCAGUGCUUGGAACGUUUUCAGAGGAGUUUAAAUCCUCGUGUUCUGAAGAGCCAGUGGACAAAAGAGGAGGAUGCCCAACUUAGAGCUGCUGUCCAAAAAUUUGGUGAAUGUAACUGGCAGUCUGUGGCUGCAACUCUGAGAGAGCGGACUGGUACACAAUGCUCGAACAGGUGGAAGAAAAGUCUUCGCCUAAAUGGUAAAGGGACCUGGAAAGCAGAAGAAGACAAAAGAUUGAAAUUAGCUGUGAAGUUUUUUGGUCCAAAAGAUUGGAAGAAAGUUGCUCAGUUUGUGCCUGGUCGAAAAGAUGUGCAAUGUCGAGAGAGGUGGCAUAAUUCUUGCUCUCCUUCCCUUAAUCGUGGUGCAUGGAGUGAAGAGGAGGACUUGCAAUUAAAGGCGGCUUUUGAAGAGCAUGGACAUUGUUGGUCUAAGAUUUCUCAUCAUCUUCCUGGUCGAACUGAUAAUGAGUGCAUGAGAAGGUGGAAGGUUCUAUUUCCUGAGGCAGUGCCUUUGCUAGAAGAAGCCAGAAAACUUCGGAAGGCUGCUCUUAUAACCAAUUUUGUGGACCGCGAGGAAGAGCGCCCAGCACUCGGUCCAGAGGACUUUGCUGCAACCUCGAUAGGAUUGCUACCUCAGGCUAAGAAUGUGGAUGAAUCUGCAAAAUCAAAAAGAAAACCAAGGAGAAAAACACCAUCAACCACAACGAGCAAGGAGGUUAUUCCACGCAAUACUGAAAAAAGGACUAGACCCAAGAGAACUAGCAGACGGCUGCAAGGUUGUUCACAGCCAGACCGAGUCGCUGCUGAUGACAUAGAUGCUGAAAGCUGUGGUGGCAAUACUGCUGUUGGAAAGAAAAGAAGCAUGCAAUCUCCUGUUAGAAGGAAUGAUAUUGCUGAACGAACUAGGGAACAGUCAGUUGAUUCUAUUAGCUCUUCGGCAGCGAGAAACAGGAUACUAUUGGUUUAUACUAGGAAGAAGAAGGGUCUUCGUGAUUUACACGCAUCGAAGGAUAAUCUUGAAUCAACUGAUGCUCAAGUUGAGGAGCCAUUGGUUGAUGAAACCGCUUCAAUUAAGAAAGCCGAUGCUCUUGGAUCUCACAGAAGGAAGGAAAAUCACCAGAUGUCCGGAGUAACAGAGGAGGAUGACAAAGAUACAAGUUGUUCCUUGCUUGAAUGUGGAUCAAAGAAGAAGAAGAGGAGGAAGCUUGAAGUUGGGAGAAACAGUAGCCAGGCUAGUUCUCUUACUGAUGACAAUGAUGCGGGCAUGUGUGGUUCAGAACUCAGAAGGGUUAAUUCCGUGUCUGCUGAUAUUGUGUCCGAAGAGACAUCUAGCGAUAUUAUUGUUUACUGCAGAAGGAAACAACAAACAGAGGAACCAAUAGACUGGAAUUGGGAUCGUGGAAUUAUAAUCGAUGAUGACAUUCCCCUGGCAAGGGCACUUGCUGCUGCAAAAUUGAGGAAUGCGUAAGAGAUUCAUCGCAUGAGUAAAGGGAUGAGGUGCAUUUUUUCCUUUUCGUAAUCAGUUAUUGAUGCAGUGCCCAGGUGAAGAUGAGUUGCAGGAGGGAGAAGCUCGCAGCUUGGGUCCGAGGCUUAGAUACUAGUUAUGAGGAACUCUGUAUAACAUUUUGGCGGGCCCGGGAGUCUUUAUCAUAUUUUUGCCCGGGAGUCUUUAUCAUGUCUGGUAGCGUUUUUUUUUUUUUUUUUUUAACAGGUAUAGUAUUCAUUUAUCAUGCAAGGAUAGGCUUUGGUAAAGAUGUAUCAUAGUCAUUUCUGAUAUCAAGUAACUCGAGUUGAGAUCAAGUAGAGUAGAUAUUCUUCGUCUAACUUUAACUUGGGCAAUCAAGUCCUUGCCGAGGUGUUUGUGAUGUGCAUCGUCAGCAAUCUUCGUGGGUUACCAUAUUUGUAUCGACUUUGCAUGAUCAUGUGGCCAGUGGUGAUCUCGAUAGAAUGGUUCGCUGACUGCCUUGAAACGAGAACCAUAGAAUUCAUAGUAGAGUUCAUAUCGAUUGUGUUGUGAGUAUAUUGAUCAUAGCAUAGCAUAGCAUGUAGUUGAAAUCAAUCACCACUCAACUACAUACACCCUUGGGACGUUGACCACUGUUGACGUCAAUGGUCUCCACAACCACGGUUAGAUUGGGUCUCUAAUUAAGACUAGCGUGGUUACCCAUCUUGCCAUAAAUGGGCAAUAUGACGGACGUAUUGUAUUAGCUGUAAACACAUUGCAACCAAUAAUGAAGUUAUCUAAUCUAGCUAGUUGGAGCUUGCUGCUUAAGUGGUUCAAUAUUCGUCCAAGGAGUGGCUAGCUAGAUGACAAGGAUUGGUGUGACGUUGGACUAGUGAAAUAUCUAUCUAUCUAUAUGGGGAAAGAGUGGGCAGGUGGGGACUAGAUACUAUGACAACAUCCCUUGUGUUGUUAUUGUAACAACACUAGUCCCGAACCAAUAGGAAGUUAGGGGUGUGAUGACUUUUUAUUAGAUGAGUUGACCUAGUGUAAAAUCAAAGCAGGGAUAUAAUUGUCAUUAUGAAAAUAUGUUUAAAUAAAAAAAAUUAAAAAAUAUUUUUUAUUUUCGGUCCAAAAUCUUGGUCGUCGGAAUUCGGCCACCGGUCGCCGGAAUAUGCUAUUUUGUCGCCGGAAUAUGCUCAUUGUCGCCGGAAUAUGCUCACCGGCGUCGGAAUAUGCUCACCGGUGUCGGAAUAUGCUUACCGGCGUCGGAAUCUAGUCAUCGUGGCCGGAAAAUGCCUGUCGGUGUCGGAAUCUGCUCACUGACGGUCAUCGGAGUUCGUUCAAUGAACUUCGUUGACCGGUCAACGGUCAACGACCACCGGAUGUUAUGGUCUGCAUUGUGAGAUUUAUGGUUUGGUUUCUCGUAUUUAUGUAUGUCUUUUGUGGUUUGCUUUAUCGUCUCUGUGGUUUGCAUUAAGAAGUUUUUGGUUUGCUUUCAAAAAUUUUGUGGUUUGGUUUGCGGGGUUUCUGGUUUGUUUUAAUAGAUUUUUGGUCUGCAUUAGGACGUUUCUGGUUUGUUUAUGUGGUUUGCUUUAUCGUGUUUGUGGUUUGCAUUAUGAGGUUUCUGGUGUGUUUUUUAUAAUUUUGUGGUUUGCUUUGCGGGGUUUCUGGUUUGUUUUAGUAGAUUUUUGGUCUGCAUUAGGACGUUUCUGGUUUGUUUUUUUGGUUUGCUUUAACGUGUUUGUGGUUUGCAUUUUGAGGUUUAUGGUGUGCUUUCAAAAUAUUUGUGGUUUGGUUUAUGGUGUUUCUGGUUUGUUUUAGAGAAUUUGUGGUAUGCAUUAGGAGGUUUCUGGUAUGCUUUUUUGUGGUUUUUUUAUCACGUUUGUGAUCGGCAUUAGAAGUUUUCUGAUCGUCGGUCACCAGAAUAUGCUAUCCACCUACAAUACGAUUUUACAAUCUUAGUUUCAUACCCUACACCUAAACUCUCACCACCCAACCAACUCCCAACCAGCAUUACUCUACUCCAAACCUCUCUUCCUUUUGCUUUGCGCUGGAGGCCCUCAAAGAGUCAAAAUAUAGUUUUCUGUUGAAUGGAUUGAACUCCAUUCCAUUCAUGAUUUGUGGAAUUGGUGGGGUUUUGGGGGAAAUCUCUACAGUCUCCGCUCCUUAUUAUCACAGGAUUAAAGCGGCAAAUAGAUUAAUUGGCAAGGGAUGAAGCGGUCCAGAUGAUUUAUAGAUACAACCACCACGAUCGCCAAAACUUGGAAUCGUGCGGCUGUAGGUGAAUUCAUCCGGGAGCACGCUUGGCGUGUACUGGACCAGAUCGUCAAUAAGACUAUGCACGACACUAGCGAACAUCUCCUGAUAUGUCGCCGGAGUGUCGCCGCAAAACGGAGCUCCAAGGGAAGUGCGCAAUUGCCCCCCGCCGGGUUUUGAUCGAACUAGGGUUUUGAUCUCGGCGGAGACGGUGACGAUGAGAGAUACGACGGCGACGAGAGCCGCAGCCAGGGCGAGAAGGGACGGACGAAUUGCCGGCAACAACUUCGGCUUCAGUGACAGCUUGGAUCUACAAGUCGGCGGCGACGACUCUCACCCGCCCAUCAUCUUCGUGUUGAUGAAUCAGUAGAACCUCAAUAAUUCCUUCAUCGACGGCGGGGAAGAAGCAGGGACGGCGGGGAAAAAGCGGGGCGGCGUGGAAAAUGUGUCUCGAUGGGGUGAAGGAAGAUGAGGUCUGAUGUGGGAUUAGGGUGGGUUUGAAUUUUAAUUUAUUUUAUUAUUUUCGGUAUAAAUUUAUCCUUUUGCCCUUAAUGAAUCCUAUUGUUAUUA